GAGCAGUACAUCUUCAUCCACGACGCCAUCCUGGAGGCGUGUCUGUGUGGGGACACAGCUAUUCCAGCCAAUCAGCUGCAUUCUGUUUACUACGAGAUGAACCGCCUGGAUCCUCAGACCAACUCCUGCCAGAUCAAGGAAGAGUUCCGGACUCUGAACAUGGUCACGCCCACACUGCGGGUGGAGGAUUGUAGCAUUGCCUUGCUGCCUCGAAACCACGAGAAGAACCGCUGCAUGGACGUGCUGCCCCCAGACCGCUGCCUGCCGUUCCUCAUCACUAUUGAUGGAGAGAGCUCCAACUACAUCAAUGCCGCCCUCAUGGAUAGCUACAAGCAGCCUUCUGCCUUCAUCGUUACCCAGCAUCCAUUGCCAAACACGGUCAAAGAUUUCUGGCGUCUGGUUAUGGACUACCACUGCACGUCCAUUGUCAUGCUGAACGACGUGGACCCGGCCCAGCUGUGUCCUCAGUACUGGCCGGAGAACGGCCUCCAUCGUCUGGGGUCGCUGCAGGUGGAGUUUGUGUCUGCAGAUCUGGAGGAAGAUGUCAUCAGUCGGAUCUUCAGGAUCUACAACACAGCGCGGCCGCAGGACGGGUACCGCAUGGUGCAGCAGUUCCAGUUCCUGGGCUGGCCCAUGUACCGGGACACGCCCGUGUCCAAGCGCUCCUUCCUCAAGCUCAUCCACCAGGUGGACAAAUGGCAGGAGGAGUAUGACGGCGGGGAGGGCCGCACCGUGGUCCACUGCUUGAACGGCGGGGGUCGCAGUGGUGUGUUCUGCAGCGUCACCAUUGUGUGUGAGAUGCUGCGGCAGCAGCGGUGUGUGGAUUUGUUUCACGCUGUGAAGACACUCCGGAACAACAAACCUAACAUGGUGGACCUGCUGGAACAGUACAAGUUCUGCUAUGAAGUGGCCCUGGAGUAUCUGAACCCUUCUUAGUCACACGGACAUGUUCAUCCAUCUCCUCCCUCUCCUCCUGCUGAGGAGCAGGUUCACUGAUCAGUGGAAAGAGGAGGAGCGUGUGCGCAUGAACACACCAACAGACUCACACUUUUCACUUUGGUUUUUUAUGUGUGUUGUUGUCUUGACUAGUUCUAUCUGAGAUGUUGGACUGAGCUGGGAUUAAAGACAAUGUGAUCAGAGUAUUAGUUGGCCCCUGAGGCCCCCCAGCUCCAUCCAUCAGCUCCAUCAGCAAACCGUCUGCUUCAUGACUCAAAGGAAACGUCUCCUUGAAGUUCAUCAACCUGCUCUGGAUGCAGAUUUUUAGGCUUUGAUUGAAAAGCCAAACUAAGGAUCUGACGUUGAGAAAGGUUUUCCUGGAAGUUCCAGCUGAUCUGCUGAAAUCCAGAGACCUGCGUCUCUCCUCCUGGACGAAGUGUCCUCCCUGAUGGUGCGUCUGUGCUUGGGACCACAAUAAGGAGGGCAGCUGAGGGCUGAGAGGAACACCACCUGCUCUUUGCCAUGGCAACCAGACAAGCUCAGCUGCUGUGCUGUUCCAUCAAGAAGCAUUGCUGUGAUCCUCACCAGAGACCUUUACAGGCCAUGAAACACUGCUGUGUUUCCAGGGCAACAACAAAAGGUUUUAACCUCUGCUGCAGACAUCAGAAGCUUAUUUUCACCUGUUUUACAUGCUGGGGG